CAGCUGUGGCUCUAGACGCCUCCAGGCUCCUGCUCCACCGGCUUUCAUCACUGACUAGUUUAUCUGGGCGCCCUGGAAGGCUUUCUACUAGGCGCUGGCGCUUCAGAAAAAUGGCGGCUGAGGUGACCGCCAAGAGCAGAGUAUUUUCCGGGAGUGCGAACACUAGAGGGUGUGACGUCAUCUCCCCGCGCCCUGUCAUUCAUAGCAGAGCAGUAUGGCUGCGCUGUCAGGAUUCCUGCGCUCCAAGCUCUUCUCCGGGCAGCAGGCUGGACUCAUCCACUCCGGUUUCCGGUUACUAGCAGCCGACAAGGAACUUUUAGUUAAACUCCGAAAGAAAACCGGCUACUCGUUUAUUAACUGUAAAAAAGCACUAGAAAAGUUCAACAAUGAUACAAAACAGGCAGAAGCAUGGCUCCACCAGCAAGCUCAGAAAGAAGGAUGGAAUAAAGCUACCAAGUUACAAGGAAGAAAGACGGCAGAGGGUCUUGUGGGUCUUCUACAGGAAGGCAGCACAGCAGUGAUGGUGGAAGUGAAUUGCGAGACAGACUUUGUUGCCAGAAAUGUGAAGUUUCAGCAGCUGGUUCAGCAGGCUGCUCUUUGUACUCUGAGGCACUGCCGGAGCGCGGAGCAGCACCAGGCUUCUUAUUCAAAGUGUUUCCUGCCGGGUGAGGAGAUUUUGCAAAUGAAGUCAGAGGAAUUGUCUCUCAAAGAUCUUCUUGCAAUGACAAUAGGAAAACUUGGAGAAAACAUGUUAAUGAGAAGGGCUGCAUGGGUCAUGGUCUCCCCUGAAAUGUUUAUCGGGUCAUACAUGCAUGGCGCUUUGCAAGCAGACCUGCCGUCCUUGACUAACAUGUCAUUUGGCAAAUAUGGGUCAUUGGUUGUAUGUAGAAAGACUGAUGAAAGUUCUACAAGCAACAUUACUGAACUUGGUCGUAGGCUGGGCCAGCAUGUCGUUGGCAUGAAUCCCUUGUCAGUGGGGUCUAUAGAGGAUGAAUCCGCUGGAGAUGCAGAAACCAGAAUGUUGGCCCAGCCUUUCCUUCUGGAGCCCAGCUUGACUGUAGGACAGUAUCUCCAGCCACAUGGAAUACAAGUGUUGGAUUUUGUGCGCUUUGAAUGUGGAGAGGAACCACAGUCUUCAGAAGCCAGUCAGCCUUAAGGAGUCAUUCUAAACCAGUGAUGGCUAACCUCCGGCACUCCAGCUGUGGUGAAAAUACGACUCCCAGCAUGCUCCAUUCAUUUCUGUGGAGUUCUGAAAACAGCCAAGCAAGAGUGCAUUCUGGGAUUCGUAAUUUUACCACAGUUGGAGUGCCGGAGGUUAGCCAUCACGGUUCUAAACCAUUCCUGCCCCAGUGUUUUCAGCUGAAAUAAACUUUACAAAUUUAAUACUGUACAAUUGGUGUUUCUACCUGAACAAAAAUGUGUAUAUUAUAUUGAAAGUAUCCAA